AUCCCCUGAAAGGCAAAUGGAAGAAAGCUAUAACGUCACGUGGUUCGAAAGAUUGACGAAAAAAGAACUCUUCAAUCUCGUGGACGAACCUUUCUUUAAAUACUCAACGCAGGCAGGACAGCAUGAACCCAAAACGAGAUUCUCUUCGAAGAAUGUUCCCCGGGGACAAUCUUUAGGCUCAAGUUCCGGGAUGCAAUCCACGAUCUUGCAAUUCGGGCAUAUUGGCAAAGUACAGUGAACAUUGGCGCCGCUCUCUGUACAACUCGGCCAAUUCGCACACAGACCCAAUUCCAAGAGGAAGCUGGAAACUCCGACGAAAAUCAGGAAUUUCAUGCUCUCUUUUUCUGGGUACUAAACAAGUUUUGAUUGAUGUAAUGUGCAAUCGGCUCACAUCAAUGAUUAGUAUCGUUUUUGAGAUAACAGAUAGCUCUGCAGAUUGAGAUUAAUAAAUAUUUCAAAGAUAAGAAUUGUCUUUCGGCAACGUUGAGAUUGGUCAUUGGCCAACGCAGAGAACAGCUCUAAUUCCCACCUAUUUUCUAGAGCCUCAUUACGGAUGAAAAAGCAAUUCUUAAACUUUCUCUUGACUUUUGAAGCCUAUUUGACAAUUGAAGGACAUUCGUUACCACUAAUCCCCAACUGAUCACCUAAAAGGAAAAACAUACUUGGGUAGUGAAGGUCUGAACUUAAUGAAAAUCCACCGUCUAUUCAAUGACACAAACUUUGUCAAUUGCUCGAUUUGGCCGACUUUGCCUGCUCUAAAAAGCUUGCCAAAUUGAGCUUCCAUUUCUGGCCUCACUCAGCUUGCCAAGACUCUCAAAUCAACGAAAAAAGUAGGUGUGAAUGGGAAUGUAUUAGUGGGGCCACAGGGCAUCGGACAAUCUUUGAAUCCCGAUCUUUGUUUACACGAUUCCCCCGUCAAAAUAUGUAUGGAUCACCGCACCUCCAAGUCAAGUCGGAGAAAGAGCAAUACGUCAAUGACAAUCCAGGAGUAGAAAACGAAGACUAAGCUUGGCUCAUAACCUUUGAAACAACCCGGCAUGAAGUCAUGCACAUGAAGUGUUGGAAAUGUUUGGCUUUUGUGUUCCUGCAAUUUUGGGGACUUGGGCGAGGUCAGAGGCCAACAGCGGACUUUACCUCAAUCGAGGAAUGUGUGAGUGGCUACUGUUUGCCCACAGAGUAUAACCGAUUAGAAUUGCCUCAGAACACGACACACGUGGCGAUGAACCUGGAGGUUUUGGACGUCCUUAAAGUGGAUGAUAAGAAGUUUUCCGUCACGUUGAACAUGUAUUUUGGCGUGUAUUGGACGGAAGAUCGCUUGACGGUGCGAAGACCGGACUUUGAUCCACACUGGCUGCCUAUCAAUAUGGAUUUCAUGAGGAACCUAUGGAUCCCAAAUGUAUUUGUGUACAACUUGGUAUCCUUUGAUGCGUUGACGUGCUUGAAGAAAUUGGCAGGCCUCUGGAUCGUCAAGGACAAAGAGCUGUUCUACAACCAGGCAACUCAUGUCACGUUCAUGUGUCCCAUGCGGUUCAACAAGUUCCCUUUGGAUGCUCACACGUGCAAAUUCAUGGUGGGGAGCACCAAUUUCGAUAUGACACGCAUGACCUUCGACAAUAAGAAACUCGACUACGAUCCCAAGGCUAGAAACACUAUCCUCGACUAUCAGAUCUCAAUUUCGCCGCUCAAGGAGCAAGACCGUAUUCUGGCUUAUGGCGAUGCGGGCAACUACUCAAUCACGGGUUUUGAAAUGAAAAUGACCAGGAACGUUGCCAAGUACUUGUAUAUUUACUAUCUACCCAGUGGCCUUUUUGUGGUGGUGUCUUGGUCCAGUUUUCUGAUCCCGCCAGAAGUUGUUCCGGGUCGCAUGGCGUUGUUAGUGACCCUGUUCCUGGUCCUCAUUAACAUUUUCAAUACAAUUACAAAUCUAUCACCCAAUGUGGAGGGCAUGACGGCCAUUUCUUCGUGGAUGAUUGCUUGCAUUCUUUUCGUCUCGGCCGCUCUCACGGGCUAUGCGGGCCUCCUCUACUAUUUACAAGUCAAGAGAAAGAUGUCUUUUACCAAGAAGCGCUUGAGCUUGCAAUCAACUCACACCAAGGACUGCAUGAUGCAUCCAACUUCAGACUUGGCGAGGAAAUUGGAAGAAGAAAAACUUUUGGAUCAGAGCGAGUUGUUGGCUCGAAUUGACACUGCAUUCUUGUACUCUUUUCCAUUGGCGUUCGUCAUCUUCAACGUGAUUUAUUGGCCGUUUUGGAUCACAUGGUCCUAGUCUGAACUUAUCAUAACCCUAAAGACAGGUAUUGUUUGUGUAAUCGUUGUUUACAAUACUCAUAGAAUUCCACCUCCCUGGUCAUAUUCUGUCGCACCAGGUUCCGGACAUGGUUGGAAACUUCCGGUCGGAACUUGUUCUUAUUCACAUUCCCCCAGUAUUGUUUAUUCUUGUUGUAGACUGUCUUCACACCUUUGAAGAAUCUGGGCAAGAAGUGUUCCAAGACCGUCAUCGAUUUGUCCAUCUCUUCAAGAAUGCCCACCACUGCAAAAUGGGAAUCCACGUUGGCUUUGGCAAUUCUAUAAGUGAAAAGAAGAGCACGUUGAGAUGCACAUUCAAGUUAUAUCAAAUAACUUUGAAAAGUCAUUGCUCAACAUGUUUAACUUAGAAAGCAAUCUUACCAAUUUGGUAUUGUCAAUGAAAAAGAUGGCGUUGAAAGUUGUUGGUCCCCCAAAAAUAUAAGUUUUUUUUCUCGUUUGUUC